AAGAGAGCAAAGAUAAUAUCAUAUUAUGGUCCUAUCGUGAGUCGUCAAACUAGAGCCGCAUUCAAACGGGACCCAGUUCAGUCGGUUCGGAGCUGUUGACGUGUCGCGUGUUUUUGGUUACUACGACGACCAGAUCUUCGUGUGGCAUAAUCAACGAGAGAGGAGAAAGAGCGGCGAGUGCACAUUCCAUUCAGUUACUAACCAUCGGAGACACGAGAAUCACAACGAUGACGUCACCAGGAGAGGUUUACAUCGUUUCGGCCGCCAGGACUCCGAUCGGCAAUUUCCUGGGCACCCUAUCGAGCCUCUCCGCUGCCGAGCUGGGCGCCGUAGCCGUCAAAGAGGUUCUCAACCGUGCCAACGUUCCAGCAGCCGAUGUGGACGAAGUCAUCCUCGGACAGUCCCUCGCUGCCGGUCAGGGUCAAAAUCCCGCCCGGCAGGCCUCGAUGAAGGCCGGUAUCCCGAAGGAAGUGCCCGCCUUUCUGAUCAACAUGCUGUGCGGUUCGGGGCUAAAAACCGUAGCUCUGGGCUAUCAAGCGAUCCGUUCCGGUGAUGCCAAAGUGGUCGUGGCCGGUGGCCAGGAGUGCAUGUCCAAGGCGCCGCACGUCCUUCACUUGCGCAGCGGUACCAAAAUGGGCGAGGCCAAGAUGGUGGACACCAUGCUGAGCGACGGGCUAACCGAUGCCUUCUACGACCUGCACAUGGGAGUGACUGCGGAGAACCUGGCCAAGGAGUUUGAAAUCACCCGCGAACAGCAGGAUGCCUUCGCGGCCAAGAGUCAACAGCUGGCAGAGGAAUCGCAGAACAAGGGUUACUUCAAGGACGAAAUCGUGGCCGUUCCGGUUCCGAGCCGCAAGGAGACCAUCAAUUUCGACAAGGAUGAAUUCCCGAAGCACGGAACAACGGUGGAAGGACUGGCUAAGCUGAGGGCCUGCUUCAUCAAGGACGGGACGGUAACGCCUGGAAAUGCUUCCGGAAUCAACGAUUCGGCGGCGGCAGUUCUGCUGAUGUCCGACGAAGAGGUCCAGAAGCGAGAUGCAAAACCCCUGGCAAGGAUUGUCGCCUUCAGCCAGACGGGAAUUUGUCCGAAAACCAUGGGCGCCGGGCCGAUCAGUGCCGUGCAGAAAGUUUUGGACAAAGCCGGAUGGAAGCUGGAGGAGGUCGAUCUGUUCGAACUGAACGAAGCAUUCGCCGCCCAAGCGCUGGCCGUCAACAAAGGUCUCGGUGUCAAUCCGGACAAGGUGAACGUCGGUGGCGGAGCAAUCGCCCUUGGACAUCCGAUUGGAGCUUCUGGUUGCCGCGUGCUGGUCACCCUGCUGUACGCCUUGAAGAGAACCGGCGGCAAAAAGGGCGUGGCGUCUCUCUGCGUUGGUGGCGGAAUGGGAGUGGCAAUGGCCGUUGAAAUGGUUUAGAACCGUUUUCUCGAGGGUUCAUUUGCUCAGCUUAAUUAUUGUUGCUUUGGUUGUAGUGCAAAGUAUUUUCAACUGUUACUCUUGUGUAUCCUCUAAACGGAUUUCAAAGAUUAUGUUACUUAAUUAUUUACUCAAAGUAUUUACCGUUGAAUGUAUUGUACUCAAAUUGUGACUUCCCAGUAGAUGAGAUAUAGUAACAAACUUAAUAGGGAACAAAUAGUGAAGGACAAUAAAGCAACAUUUGUACUUAGUCA